GUUUGACCAAAGGACUGUAGGAGAGAAAGACUCACCAAAACCUGUUCAGUGGCAUCGGAUUGCUGUGCAUAAUGGAUCUCUUGGAGCCUAUGCAGUACAACAACUUGCUAAAAAGUAAGGUCCGUCUGAUAAAAGCAGGAGAAAGUGCCAGCAAAAUUUCUUUAGACGAUUUUAGGGACUUAUUUUGACCCAAUUUGCCCUGCUGUCAAAACCUCAUUCUCUAAGACACCCAGCAGCCAAAUCUUUAUAAACCUUGUGGGAUUACAUUCAAGUGCACUGGUGAUAUUACCAAUUUAUUUCUAUGUAAUUGUUGAGUAUAUGUGACAUUAGAAGCUCCAUCAAUUUUUUUAGUUUGUGAAACAUUUGCCGCACCAUUUCUCUUGUUAAUCAUGAUUGCAGAUCAUCAGCUUUAGCACCCAAUUCAAAACCCGGAUAAUUUUAUUUUUGGAACUAUAGAAAGUUGUAUAAUUAUCUUAAAAGGCCAUAACUUUGGAUUUCUAUGCAAAGUCCUGCUGUCACUGAGCUGCAUAUUUGAGUUUGCUUCUCUUUCUCCAUAGGUUAGAUUGAGCUUGCUGAACAUUGAUUUGGUCUGAUAAAUGGCUAGUAAUCCUUUCUUUUUUGACGUUGGCGAGCUGCUUUUAAUCUGCUUUGUUCAGAGUUGAUCUUUGACAGCACUUCUACGAUGUUUCCUAAAGCUUCAUAUUCUAUGAGGACUCAGACAUAGCACAUCACAUAUGCUUUUGUCAGGGUUCACCAUAAUUCGGCAGAUAGCAUCUAGCUUCAUUAUUUUAUAUGCUUUAGACGUGCACUCAAAAAGAUCAACCUGCGAAUCGUGGCGACAUCUUAGCCUUAAUGGCCACCAAAAAGCUUUAUUUAAAGCUUCUCACCAUUUUUGUUGGACCUUUGUUCUUGCCAGAAAUUGUCAUAGCGUAUUUGUUUAUUGAUUGGGAACUGCUCUAGGAAAUUUGUUUAUUGAUUGGACACUGCUCUAGGAAAUGGGAGCCCUCGAAAUGCAAGUGACCGCUUUAAAAUUUCUAAACAGGGAAAGUGGGACAGGUGGCCCUCCCAUUUUAUGAUUUAGUGUCCUGACAUGUGUCAUCUUUGGAUAUGGAUGAACCUGGUCUAAUUAGUGAACAGAGACCCCCGUGCAUUAUUGUAAUGAACUUGCUUUGUCUUCUUCCUUGGAGCAUUUGUUCAAGUCAUCGUUAUAAACAUCACAACCCCUGUCCUAUGAUAAACCGAACCGACAUUUCCAUAUGUUCUCAACUUUUCUGAAUACAUAUACAUAUUGUCUGGACCAUCAGGAAUACCUUAUGCCCCGAGGCGAAUAAUCUGGAUUGAAUUGGAGAGAAAAAUAGUACGGGCAUGAACAGUUACUUGCAUUAAGACAAAUAUCUGCAUUUUAUAUCCUCCCUCUCUGUGUGUUUUUCUAUUUCUUCUUUUUAAUCAUGCUAAUUACAGUUCGAUUUUCAUUUCUUAAUUAGUUCCGACUGAUGUCAGUGGUGUCCUCAGACCACAUAAUGGAAAUAAUGACAGGACAAGUAUAAGGAUUUAGUAUUCAGCAGGAGUUUCUAUUGGUUGACUGUUGGUACGGAUAAACUGUCAACCCACUAAUGACAUUACAGAUUCAUGGAUUUGAAAACUAAAUGAAUGGUUACCCUGCAUUAUUCCGAAGAAGUAGCCAAAACACUGACGGGUGUCUAAUUCUAGUGAUGACUGGACCAGCUAAAACUGCACUACAGAUGAAAUUUUAAACAAUAGCCCCUUUUGGUCGUGCUCCACAAUCCCUUGCGCUCUCUUACCAAAGAGACGCUAUAUAUAGAGUGCCUUAGCUCUGAGCUUUCCAUGUUCUAAACACUUGUUUUUUCACUCACUUCAGCUUCUGAUUGAGGAUGGAGCUUGUGUUAUUUCUCUUGCUCGUUUCAGUGGCCCAAGUGUCAUCUCUUACUCCAUGCCCUAAAUGUGGGAGCAUGGAGGUUCCAUACCCACUUAGCACAGAUGACAGCUGUGGGGACCCUAGGUACAAGGUGUACUGUAAGAAUGGAGGUCUAGAGUUUCUGUCGGCUGGAGGAACUUACUAUGAAGUCCUCAGCAUUGACCCUAGUGCUGACAAGCUUGUCAUAAGUCCGCCCAUGAUACGGAGUAAUACAUGUAAUUCGUCUGACCUUAGUGUAGGAGGCUUGAGUCUGGAUGAGAAAUUGCCAUUUAACAUAUCCACUCACAACACUGUGAUUCUGCUGAAUUGCUCGGACAGCCUCCAGCUUUCGCCAUUGAAUUGUUCUUCAAACAGCUUUUGUAGGGCUUAUGAGAACAAUGUGGUGGAAGCAAGAGGGUGUAGAAACACUCUUUGCUGUCAUUACUUGAAAGAUUCGGCCAUGACCUCGCAUAGAAUUAGGAUUAGGGUUGAAGGGUGCACUGCUUACACUUCCGUGGUGAAUAUUAAGCCUGACGAUCCAGUUGGUUCAUGGAAUUACGGUAUUGAGCUGCAAUGGGUCCGUCCAAGUUGAGGUUUUCUGUCCAGGUGCAGACCAAGCGCAGUACUGUGCAAUUGUUUAAAGGGAGGGGUUUAAAGUCUGUGAAGCUGUUGCUUCUUUGCCAUUAAUAACACGGUGUCGUAUCAACUCCGAUGCAUAGCAAGUUGUAAAUUGAAUAAUGGUUGCGUGUUCUGUCAUGUCUUGUUAUUGGUCUGUGUUCCGUAUCUUCUGUAACUGUCCAUGCUCGGUCAGGUCCUGAGCAUGACCUUAUAAUUAUAUAAGUGAAUAAUAAUGUCUUCUUGGUCUUCUAGCAUAAAUCUCAUUUUGUCUU